AUGGACGAGGAUCAAGAUCAAAACAAUCAGGUCGCAUUGAAGAUAGGCUUGAUAGGGGAUUCACAAAUAGGGAAAACCUCAUUAAUGGUCAAAUAUGUCGAAGGAUCAUUUGAUGAAGACUAUAUACAAACUCUUGGUGUCAAUUUCAUGGACAAACGAAUACAAAUUAGAAACACAACAAUCUUAUUUUCCAUAUGGGAUCUUGGAGGGCAGAAGGAGUUCAUCAAUAUGCUACCGUUGGUGUCAAAUGACGCGGUUGCAAUCUUGUUUAUGUUUGAUCUAACUCGAAAGUCGACCCUCAACUCCAUUAAGGAAUGGUAUCGCCAAGUGAGGGGAUUCAACAAAACAGCCAUCCCAUUCCUCAUUGGUACCAAGUACGACCAAUUCAUAGACUUAUCCUUCCAAGACCAAAUUGAAAUUACACAACAAGCUAAAAAGUUUGGAGCAGCAAUGAAAGCGCCUGUCAUUUUUUGCUCAACCAGUCAUUCCAUCAACGUACAAAAGAUCUUCAAAAUAAUAUUGUCAAAAGCAUUCGAUUUGAAAUUGAAUUUAGAUGAAAUUGUCAAUGUUGGAGAACCAAUAUUGAUUUUCAAAUGA